UUAACAUGCUUGUUUUGGUUUCAUUUCUAAUUCGGGUAUAAUUUAGAUCUCGAUUUAGCUUGGAUAUAUAAUCAUUUAAUUGGGCCACUCGAAUUAAUAAACAAAAUGUCUUUGAUGAGAAAUUCAUUGACCAUCGGUUUGGCAGCUUUUGUUGCCUAUUGUGUUUAUUUUGAUCGUAAACGUCGAAAUGCUCCAGAUUUUAAGGCUAAACUUAAAGAAAAGCGUUUAAAAGCCAAAAGAUCAAAGGAAAAUUCACUGGAAUCAGAUAUUCCAUUAUUUACCGAUCCAAGUGAAUUACAACCAUAUUUCUUAAAAGAAGUACAAGCCAGCGAUGAUCUUUUAAUGAAUGGAGAUUAUGAGAAAGCCGCUUUUCAUUUGGCCAAUGCAACCGUGGUUUGUUCCCAAAAGAACGAAUUUCUUGCAGUCAUGCAAAAAACAUUACCAGAUCCUGUUUUUCAAUUGUUGCUACAAUAUUAUCAAGUUGCUAAUGAACGUUAUUUGAAAAAGGUUAUGACAAAUGAACUUUUAAAGCAAAUGUCUCAACCGAAACAAUCAACAAUAUCAAUGAUCGGAUCGAAAGGACAACAAUUCGAUGAUACCGAUAUCGAGUAAUUGAUACAAAUUAAGGAAUUGGGAAUGUUGUUCAUUCAUGUCGUAGGCUGUUAAUUUUUUUCAUUUUACCGUGCAUAUUAGUUAACGUUGAACAAAAAAAUAUACAAUUAUGCUCUUUAUUAUAUAUAAUUAUUAUGAUAUACAUGAUAAUAUUAAAUAACAUUAAAGUUCAGUCAUCAUUACCAUAAA